AUGUUGUUUUAUUUAAGUUGAAAUUUACGUAACAUUUUUAAGUUAUUAAAUAUUCUAUAAUAAACUGAUAAAAUUGAAAAAAAAAAUAGAAAAAUAUUAAAAUUAAAAUACCAUACUUCAAGAACAAGAAUUAGAAUAACUUAGCAUUAAUUUCCCAUAACAAGAGAUUAAACCGGAUUCCAUAACACAAGUAAUCGAUCACCUUCAAAUUAAUCUUAUACUCCAAAAAAAUACUUGGGGCAAUAGAAAUAAAUAAAGAGUGAUUUUUAUUAAAGAAGUGGAAAAUUUAGACUGGUGCUCAACUAUAGUUUGCUUGAGUUUAGUUUAAGAUAAUAAGCUUCAAUUUAGUUAUAAAGUUCUAUUAUUAACCUUUUUUUUAUUCAAUAAAACCACAAUCCAUAAAUGAAAUUCAAUUCAUAUCUAAUUUUAGAAUAGAC